UCACCACUACCAACUACGUCCCUUUUCAAUAACAACACGUAUCUAGCACUUUAUUACCUAGGUAGGUAGAUAUCCACCUCUUAACUACUUAUUAAUCAUGACUGGUCCUGGAAUUUCCUCGUUUUCUUCGGAACGCGAAGUCAUCAAUGUAAAGCUGGCAAAGGCUGCAUCUAUUCCGUUCCUCAGCGAUGAAUUGAUGCACGGAUCUCCGGAUUGUUCUGCCAAGGCGUUUAAGCGACCACGACUUCGAAAAUGUCCUUUCAAUAUAGAAGAUAUUGACUGGACCCGUUCACGUCAAAUCUCCGGCGGGCUCGACGGAUACGUGUGGAAAAUUCGGUUUUCCGGAAAUAUGCGUGCUUAUGCCAUGAAAAUUGUAAGCAGCAGCCUGGUUUUUAAUCAUCCCUAAGAUAGUAGAACGUGACAUAGUUCUUUGACCCGACAGCACCUCUUGAUUACUAUGGCAAGAUCAGGCACUAUGCCUUUCAACGUGAAUGCCAGAAUGCCGCUUUAUUCCAGAUGAUGGCAAUCGCAAUAAAAGAAGCAACAGAGGGUAUCACACCGCCAAUCCUGGACCACCCUUACCCAGAGACCAAGGAUGUUGCACAGCGUAAUCUCUUUAGUUUUUCCCUCGAAGGCCGGCAGGCUGGGUUAUCUAGUUGGACUGAUGCCGGCCUACACUUUGAACCCAUGUCUGUAACAUCGAUGCCGCGCAUGAGGGAAUGUUUUGGCUGGGCAAAAGUCAAUGGCAAUUCGAUCCUCGGAGGCUGGCCAAGACAUGUGUUCCCGUUGCCUGUCAAAAUUGAAAAGGUCAAGCGAGAAUUCGAGUUCGACAUAGAAUAUAGUGCGAUUGUCUACGAAUGGAUUGAUGGAAAGGGCAAUGACCCGGCCACAGUUGAAGAUGUCGAUGCAUUUCUCUGGUGUGCUGGUUUUAGCUUUCAGGGGGGCUCUCAUGAACAGAACUGGAAGGGCUCGGUGUUGAUCGAUCUUGGAGAUAUUGUCUUUGCCCACGGUUAUGGGUGGGAUAAAAAUGCAUUUAGGGCUAGGACCGCCGCCGAGAUUCUUCUAGAGCAGGGAAGGUAAUCUAACGGGGUGGGCUAUAAUACUUUGAGAUGAAUAAGUGAUUUUUGUGAAGUUAUAAUAGGUAUACGUAUAAGAGAUACCUAAGUACCUAGGUACAUAGAGUAGAGGUAUGGAAGCUUCUAAAAAUACCUAUAUGUAC